GGAAAUCAAACUAAAAUGCUGACGUGUAAUCCAACUUCACUUUUUAAAACGUAUCAAAAUCUCAAAUCUCCCGAUUCCAAACUAAAAUUUUCCAAUCUACCAAACUCUAAGAAAAAAAAAAGAGAGAGACAGAGACCAACAAAAACGCUACUAAUAAUGCUAGAAAGUAAAGAUCCAGCAAUAAAGCUCUUCGGGAUGAAAAUUCCUCUUUCAUCAACAGUUUUUGAGGCUGAAGAAUAUGAAUUAUCCGCAGAACAGAACCAAAACGAGACAUUAACUGAUCAAUCGGACAAAGAAAAAAACCUAAAGAAACCAACCAAGAUUCUUCCAUGUCCAAGAUGCAACAGUAUGGAAACGAAGUUUUGUUAUUACAACAACUACAACGUAAACCAACCUCGCCAUUUCUGCAAAGCUUGUCAAAGAUACUGGACCUCGGGUGGGACCAUGAGAAGUGUCCCUGUCGGAGCCGGACGACGCAAGAACAAGAACAACUCAUCUUCACAUUAUCGUCACGUCACCAUCAAUGAAACAAACGGUCCGGUCCUUAGUUUCAACCUCAGAGAUGAUCACAAGACUUUAGAGAAGAAUAACCACAAGCCGGUUGAUGAUUCAAGAACACGUAACAACGAAAUGAACGGUUUGCGUUGUAUUCCUGGUGUUUCAUGGCCGUACACGUGGAAUCAUGGUUUUUACCCGGUUUACCCUUAUUGGAACGUGCCAAUGGUGUCUUCUUCGCCUUAUUCAACUCCUAAUUCUACUCUUGGUAAGCAUUCAAGAGAGGAAGAUGAGACGAUCAAGCGAAAACAGAUGAAUGGGUCUGUAUUGGUUCCUAAGACUUUGAGAAUUGAUGAUCCUAAUGAAGCUGCAAAGAGUUCUAUAUGGACAACACUUGGGAUCAAGAACGAAGUUAUGUUCAAAGGGUUUGAUUCCAAGAAAGAGGUUAGUAUUAACAAAGAAGAAACAGAGACUUCUCUCGUUCUCUGUGCAAAUCCAGCUGCGUUAUCAAGAUCAGUUAAUUUCCAUGAACAGAUGUGAUCCUAUGCAUACUAUAUAUCCUAUAUGUCUAGAUAUGGUUUACAUAUUUUUUCGACUUUGUAUUCAUAGGGCUUUAACAGUUUUUGUUCCAUUUACUUUUUUACUUUUUAGUCUUUAAGUUUGAAUUUUUUGUUGUAAGAAUAAAUAUCUUUGAAGAAAUAUUCGUUUUGACCGUUA